AGUGGGUUAUUAGGGUUAAAACCCCCUGUGUAUACCAUGGUUAGAAAUUAUGACAUACUCCAGAAUGUGUUGGCCCGGCUUACUGUGAAAUCCAUAACUCGGAAUUUCAAAAACCCCAAGUCAACAACAUCAAUGUCUUCCUCUUCGCCUUCGCCUUCGCCUUCGCCUUCUUGGUCCUGCAAGAAAUGCGCCUUCCUCAACUCCCCAUCUCAGAAGCUUCAUUGCCAAAUCUGCUUCACCCCGUUUUCAUCUUCGUCUUCGUCUUCGUCUUCGUCUUCGUCUUCCAUUCCUUCAUCCGACGAUUCGAAAUGGCCGUGCAGGGCGUGUACUUUCAUGAACACGUAUAAGAACUCGGCCUGCGAAAUCUGCGACACUCGUUCGACGACUUCGUCUCUCCUGAGCUUUGACGAAUCGGCGUCUUGGGAUCUCGAUGUCGACCCGGAUUCCUCAGUCGGGUCGGUUUUCUUUCCCUUGAGGCCGUGCAAGCGUGAUGAUCGGUCUGAAUCGGUAGGGUUUAUGGAGAAUAAGAACAAGGAGCUGUAUAUGGAGACCGAAACGAAAGAUUCAGGAAUACCCUCUGGUGGAUUGAAGAUUCUGAGCUACAAUGUCUGGUUCCGUGAGGAUCUUGAGUUGCAUCUCAGGAUGAAAUCCAUCGGUGACCUAAUUCAGCUGCACUCCCCUCAUGUGAUCUGUUUUCAGGAAGUUACUCCCAACAUAUAUGCCAUAUUCCAGAACUCUGACUGGUGGAAAGCGUAUCGUUGUUCUGUCUCAGCCUCGGAGGCUGGCUCGAGACCGUACUUCUGCAUGCUGUUGAGCAAAUUGGCGGUGAAAUCUUUCAGCCGCAAAAUCUUCGGGAACUCGAUAAUGGGAAGAGAACUAUGCAUUGCAGAGGUUGAAGUUCCUGGGCACAAGCCGAUGGUUAUGGCAACGAGCCAUCUCGAGAGUCCUUGCCCGGCACCUCCGAAAUGGGAUCAGAUGUUCAGUCAAGAACGGGUAGAACAAGCCAAAGAGUCUCUCAUCACACUUGGGACGAACAAAAAUGUGAUCUUUGGAGGCGACAUGAACUGGGACGACAAGCUGGAUGGCGAGUUUCCUUUUCUGGAGAAAUGGGUCGAUGCAUGGACGCUGAUGAAACGUGGUGAUUCUGGUUUCACUUACGAUACCAAAGCAAACCCGAUGCUGUCUGGUAACCGGAUGUUACAGAAACGGUUAGAUCGGUUUUUGUGCUGUCUGGAUGAUUACAGGAUUGGCGGAAUCGAGAUGAUCGGUAAAGAUGCUAUUCCUGGGUUAUCAUAUGUGAAAGAGAAGAGAGUGAGGAACAAUGUCAAGAAGCUGGAGCUUCCUGUCCUGCCCAGUGAUCACUUCGGUUUGCUUCUAACCAUCUUGCCAAAGUGAGAUCAACAAAACCAAAGCUUGAAAUUUCGGUUUUUUCCCGGUUUGCUCCCUAUGUUUGGCAUAUACUCUGAUUAGUAUGGAAAUAUUUUGCUGUUAACCAACUCAAAAGCCGAUAUGGCAUCUGGGUUUGGUUCUGUUUCUGUAAACUCAGUGGUUCCUGGUCCGAUGAGAAUGGUAACCCGGUUGUCGGAUCAGUAUAA